UACUGGUCUAAAUCAUUCGACCUGAGAGCGCGUGAGCGCAACUACACAGCCUACGCUACUGUUGCGUCCAGCUUUCCUCCCCAUUCACUUAUACUCAGAUGUAAACGUUCAUUCUAGUGAUGCCGCCGAUGCUGUAACAAAGUGGCAUUUUAAAAAAUCGAUUAUUUCUAGCAGGAAAUGUUGCACACAGGAAAAGUGCUUACAAUUUAUUUCUAGUAGUUUUUUGGCUGCCAACGUCAGGAUGGGAUCCCACGCAAAAUCAGCGAAUAAGAAGGCCAAGGAAUCUAUCAACUGCCUCAAAUCAAACUUUUCAUAUUGUUUAGUCGGGCUGUUAAUUGUCUUUUGUAUCAUGCUGUCGGUGUGUUCUAUGGCGUUUUGUUUUUUGGUCAACUUCAAGACAUCUUACCUGGAGUACAGAGUGCAUACAUUGGAGAUGGAGAGAAUGUUCCUGAUCCAUCCCGAUGCAUCCGCGCAGGAUGAGAAUGGAACAGUACCUGGUCUCCAGGAUAUCAUUGAAAAAAUUGUGCAGGAGAGACUGACCAUAGCACUGCCCAAACUUCGCACUGCCAGGGAGGUCAUUCAAGAGUGCUCCUGUCCUCCAGGGCCUCCAGGAAAACGGGGAAGGCUGGGAAGACAAGGCGAACCUGGAUCUCCAGGCUCGCCUGGACGGGAUGGUUACCCGGGCCCACUUGGGAUGGAUGGGAAGCCUGGUGCUCCUGGUCCCAUGGGAAGCCAGGGACUGCCUGGGCCAAAAGGAGACAAGGGUGAUCAGGGUCAGGCUGGCCCUCCCGGCCCCCCGGGGCCCCCUGGCUCACCUGGCCUCAGAGGACUAUCUGGGAACACAGGGAAGGAUGGGCCCAGAGGUCACCUUGGGGAGCAGGGUCUACCUGGUCGAGAUGGAACUGAUGGAUUAGAGGGACAAAUGGGUCCUCCUGGACGACAGGGUGAGGAUGGACAGCAUGGCAUGCUUGGACCACAGGGACCUCCAGGGCUAAAGGGGGAGCCGGGGCAUGCUGGCAACCAGGGCAGGAGUGGCCUUGAUGGACUACCAGGGAUGAAGGGGGAGAUGGGAGACACAGGGCCUCAGGGGGACAUGGGCUUACCCGGAGAGAAGGCUGUUCUUGAGUCUUAUGACAUCGGCCUUGGCCAUGUCUUUCAGGGCCCCCCAGGGCCACCAGGGCCACCAGGAGGACAAGGGCCAAAGGGAGAAUCAGGCUCACGUGGUGCACCUGGAGCUGAUGGGGAUAGGGGAGCCAAAGGGGAGAGAGGUGAUGACGGGAUGCCUGGAGUGGCAGGGGAAAAGGGAGAGAGAGGUCUGACGGGCCUAACUGGGCUUGUGGGAGCUGACAGCAAAAAAGGAGCGAGAGGAGAUUCAAGGUUUGAGGACAAUCUGGCCCAGAUCAUCUCUAUCGCAGGCCCUCCAGGGCCCCCCGGACCUCCUGGGCUCCAAGGAUUCAUGGGACAUCAUGGAAUGCCUGGCCCCAAGGGGGAACCAGGCGACAUAGUGAGCGGAGAAAAAGGGGAUGCAGGUGACAGAGGACCUCCUGGGUUAAGGGGUAUUCAGGGUCUUCCAGGUUCUACAGGAUUGGUUGGUCUCCCUGGCACCAUAGGGAGAAAGGGAGAGCAAGGAUUGCCGGGAUUGGAUGGUUUCCCCGGGCUGAUGGGAGAAAAGGGGGACAGAGGGGACCGAGGAGAUAAGGGUGACAGGGGGAUGGUGGGAAAGAAGGGACUGAAGGGACAGAAGGGCGAGGAGGGCCCCCCUGGACUGGACCAGCCCUGUCCUGUGGGUCGGGAUGGAUUGCCCAUACCAGGGUGUUCGCAUAAGUGAUGAGUUACCUGGUACUUGGGAUCUGUACAUAUCGAUAUAUAUUUUUCAACUAAAAUUCAAGUGUAGUUUUUUUGUCGUUGCCAAAUCCUAUUUAAUAUGUUGAGGUUUUCAUAUUGGAAUUUGGAUUGUGCAUCUAUCACAAUCAAUAUUUUUUACUUUUUGCAUAUGAAAAGAAAACAUUUUUUUUUUUUAAGGUUUAGAGAUUAGGUAGAGGAAAGAUCUAGUGCACACAAAGGAGACUGGUUACAAAUGGAAAGGAGCAGCAAAUGCACUCAGCUCCAGAUGGAAAAAUGUUGCUGCUUACAGUAUAUCUAAUCGGGGAACCUGAAAUACAGUAUUAACCUGAAAUACAGUAUGAUUGACUGUCUAACAGACUCACUAGUGUUCCCACAUGGAGAUCCAGCAUUGGAGUGUGCAACUCAGCCUGCACCUUGCAAAUGAUUCUACCCCAUCACUCCUGUGAUUGUUGUUUGCUUUGAAAGGACCAACCGUCACGGCAUGGACCCAAUGCCAUGUGCCUAUCCCAACCUUAGGAAAGGUACAGAUGUAGGGUCUUAAUUUGAUCCAGUUUGCUACAGCAGGAAAAUAAUCCUGCAGCAACAGGACAUGUGAAUUAUUAUGUGGAUUAUAAUUACUUGACAUUUUUUUAGGGGUUGAUAAACAUUUUGUUAUGGAAAUACAUUACAAGUUUGCGUGUCCUGCCGUGCAGGAAAAUUCUCAGCCACAAAAGAGUGAUCAAAUUAAGAUCCUUCAUCUGUAUGGGGAAGCACAGAUGGUGGCCCUCACCAUGGAAUCUUUGUUUGCAAUAAUGUUCCUAAAUGUGCUUAAUGUUUAGAUCAUUAUCGGUCUAAAACGUUUUAGGAUGUUUAUGAUGGUUUCAAAGUUUUUACCUAUUGUUGCAUCUAAUGCUUUUUUUCAUUCCUCUGAGUGCUCUAACCAUGCUAUGUGGAAUUAAUUGACACAGAACACUGUACAACUUUUUGAAUUAGGCCUAACAUGGAAAAUGUAUGAUAAUAAUAAUAAAAAUGUUUUGAAGACUUUUUACAUCUGACAUCAAGGUAAACAAAAACAUCUACCUAUCAAACCUACCUGUUUGGCUGAUUGGGUUAAAUGUUUGUUCUAGGAACAUGCCGUUUUUAAUUAAGUUGUCUGUCAUAUUAAAUACUAUUUCAAAUGCUAA